AUGAGCCUCCGCCUGCCUCUCCGGGAAGACAAAUUCGCCACCAUCAUCAGCGUGUACGCUCCGCCGACGACCAGCCCCGACGCCGCCGCAAGAGACAAAUUCUACGAGGACCUGCACGCCCUCUUGGCGAUUGUGUCGAAGGCGGACAAGUUGAUUGUCCUUGGCGACUUCAACGCCCGCGUCGGUAGAGGUCAUGUUGCCUGGCGAGGAGCGCUAGGUCCCCAUGGUCUCAACGGCUCCAAUGGCGAUGACCUGCUCCUCCUACAGACAUGCGCAUAACACCGGCUUAUCUUGACUAACACUUUCUUCCGCCUCUCGAUGUGAGAGAAGGCCACCUGGAUGUGCCCUCGGUCGCGACACUGGCACCUAAACAAUGUCCUCGUCCACAGGCGAGAGCAAUGGGACGUGCUGGUGACAAAGGCGAUUCCGGGUGCUGACGGGUGCGCCGACCAUCGCCUCGUCAUCUCGAAGAUACGGAUUCGCCUAUAGCCUCGCAGGAGACCACAAGGAAAGCUACCUCCAGGUAAGCUGAGUAUUUACUUUUUGUCUUUGCCUGUUCACGAUUUCCAUUUCAGCAAGGAGCUAACUCAACGACUAGCCAACCUUCCAUUCGCUGCUGUCGCUGACGAGAGCGCCUCCGUGGAGAACCGAUAGUUUAGACUGCGAGAGAGAGUCCAGUAGACGGCUCUGGCCGUCCUCGAUCGCGCACGCUGUCAACACCAGGACUGGUUCGACAACAACGACGCCGUCAUCAGCAACCUUAUCGCCGAGAAGAAUCGCCUGCACGAAGCCUACGUCGAUCGUCCCACCGACAACAACAGAGCCGCUCUCUACCGUAGUCGCCUCCUUGCACAACAGAGGUUUCGGGUGCUACAGGACGCUUAGCCGAGGAGAUCUGUGGUGAGGUACCGGACUAACUUACCUUUGACAAUUUAGUCCCAUUUUCUUUGACCGGAUUGCUUGUUUGAAUGUGACGAAAAACAACACACCUGUGCAACCCGCCUUGCUGGCCUGCUUUGCUGUCGCGCGCUUUUGUCAGGUUACUUAACGUUCAGAAUAUCUAUAUUAUUCACUGCUCAGUUUUACUUGCUGUCUUCAAGGCAAAGGGCUCGUGAGAUAUAACCCGCUAGUUCGCGAGGACAUUACUAUUCACGUCAUUGGUGACUCCCGACGUUAACGCAGACGUUAUACCUUUCUCUGUCAUACUGAAUAACAUUUUACGUACCCUUUGUUUGUGAAUUUCUAAUUCAUUUACGUCUACUUUUCUAACAAAUUCUGAUAAUUUAUCAUCUCUGUCUUCAUUAUUAUGCCUCAUUCCAACCAACAACUUGAUACCCCGCCCAUUCCCGUCAUGCCAUCAAUUUUACCGUGCCUGAAUUCUGGCAACACCCUCCAGAAGUUUACUGUAUCCGUAUAGAAUCAGCCAUUUAUUCUGCUAACGUUACUAAGGAGCUGACGAAAUACCACAAACUUGUGGAGGUUCUCCCCGCUAGUGUUAUCUCUCAAGUACAGUCCUUGCUAGCUAAUCCUCCUGCAGAUGCUCCCUACUCCACGUUAAAAGCAGAAAUUCUUCGACGUAAUGCUGUGUCUGACCGACAGUGGUAUCACCAUUUUCCUAAGGAGAAGUCCCUGGGUGACCGGAAGCCCUCAGAACUCCUACAUCGAAUGAGUUCUGUCCUUGAAGACAUGAAAUUUGACGAGAAACUCGUCAAGAUGUUUCUAGAGCGUCUGCUUGCAGAUGUUCAAACGGUCCUGGAGUCCGGUUCUCAAGAUCUCACGGUCUCACGGCUGGCUGAAAUGGCGGAUCGGAUGAUAGAUGUGCAGCGGUUCCAGUCAUCUUCCGUUGUUCAGAUCUCCACAUCCUCAUCGAUGGUGAAUGAGCAUAUAAGGAACCAGGUAUCGGCCAUGACGGAUGAGAUGGCCUCGCUUAAAUUACAGCUCGCACGCCUUACUUCCAGUCGCUCACGCAGCCGUCGUAGUUCCCGUUCGCGACCUUGGACUGCCGAUACUUGUUAGUAUCACACUAAUUUCGGUGUAAAGGCCAGUCGCUCUUCCUCACCCGAAAUAGGGAAACCAGUCAGCCAGAGAAUAGACGCGACCGUUUCCUCUGCCUAUUCCGGCUCUGGUCGCACCUUCUAUGUUUGCGACACUGCGACUCACAGACGUUUCCUGUUGAAUACUGGGGCCCAAAUCAGCGUUGUUUCCCCAACUGCAGCCGACCGUCGUUUCCCUAGCCCUGGUCUUCGCAUCCAAGCUGCCAACUGUUCCCCCAUUCCCACUUUUGGCAGUCUGUCCCUCACCCUGAACAUUGGCCUUCGUCGGUCAUCCACUGGAUAUUUGUGAUCGCUGAGGUCCCUCAUGCAAUCCUUGGCUCGGACUUUCUUGCCGAGUUCGAUCUCCUUGUUGACUGCCGAUGUGCCCGUCUCCUCGACCGCACAACCGGUCUGUUUGUUCGUGGACUAACUCCCUUUACUGACCCCCCCAACUUAUCUGUCUUGGAUACAUAUAUUGCUAGCCCAUUUCGGCAAAUGCUUCUUAGACGUAUUAUCGGCUGCAUGCAAAAUCUAUACUCUGCAAAAAAUGACUACUUAAGUAGCAUGCAAGUUUCUCAUUGAUUUUCGAUGCCCUUGAAAAUUCAAUUAUAUUUCACGGAAAACAUGCAUAAAAAUAUUCAUUCUUUUACUUAUUCGGUAGGUAAUCACGUCUUCUUCCAAUUUCAUACACAAAAGAAGAGUAUAAUUCGGUUUUAAAAAAGUUUCUAAUUGUGAGAUUUUUUAAUACCGUCAAAUGGCCGUUCAUGAAACGUCAUGUAUCUGCAUUUACGAAUGUGGCUUGUAAAGUUAACAAUAUUGCUCAAAUCCACUGCUUAAUUUUAUGAACCUCAUAUGGUCUCCUCUUAACACCGUAGAGAAAUGCAUGCAACAUUGUUAACUUUACAAGCCACAUUCGUAAAUGCAGAUACAUGACGUUUCAUGAACGGUCAUUCAACGGUAUUAAAAAAUCUCACAAUUAGAGACUUUUAUAAAACCGAAUUAUACUCUUCUUUGGAGUAUGAAAUUGGAAAAAGACGUGAUUUUCUAUCGAAUAAGUAAAAGAAUGAAUAUUUUUAUGUAUGUUUUCCGUGAAAUAUAAUUGAAUUUUCAAGGGCAUCGAAAAUCAAUGCGAAAAUUGCAUGCUACUUAAGUAGUCAUUUUUUGCAGAGUAUAGAUUUUGCAUGCAGCCGAUAAUACGUUCUUUCGAAAGCCGACACGCUGAGGUAACUGGAUCAUUAUAGAUUUAUCCUUAAUCAUGAUUUGUUUUACAACACUACUUAAUUUAUCUUUUCGAAACGAGAACGCAUUUCGAAAUUUUGGUUGACAUUUCAUGAGUUAGCACAUCUACUGUAAGUAACCUCCAGUUUCGCAGUAGUGAGGUCCAACAUGAUGUUGUGCACCAUAUCCGCACUUCAGGUCCUCCUGUGUUUGCUCGGCCGAGACGACUAACGCCGGAGAGUUUCCAGGCCGCGAAGGCGGAGUUUGAACACAUGCUGCAACUGGGAAUAAUUCGACCGUCCGAGAGCCCUUGGCCGUCCCCACUGCACAAGCUGCCCAAGACGACAUAAAGUGACUGGAGACCCUGUGGCGACUAUCUUGCCCUCAACAGCGCUACCAUUCCUGAUCGGACUUUGCUGGAGCCCUUUUCGGCAAGGCUGUUUUCUCGAAGAUUGAUCUGGUGCGUGCUUUUCAUCAGAUUUCAGUCGACCCUGAGGACAUACUUAAAACAGCUGUCACUACACCCUUCGGUCUUUUCGAGUUAAUUUGCAUGCCGUUCGGUCUUCCUAAUGUCGCUCAAACGUUCCAUAGGUUCAUCGACCACUUCUGACGUGGCCUACCCUUUGUGUACGCCUACAUUGAUGACCUCUUGGUGGCCAUCCGGGAUGAGGAAGAACACAAAGAGCAUCCGGCCUUGGUGUUUGACCGCCUUGACAAGUUUGGCGUUGUCAUCAACCCCUCCAAGUGCGCGCUGGGUGUGCCUUCGCUCGAGUUCCUCGGUCAUCAGGUCGACUCUGAAGGUUUGCGUCCCCUCCCCUCCAAGGUUGCAGCAAUUCGUACUUUCCCUCCACUAACUUCCAAGCGUCAGUUGCAGCGAUUCCUCGGCAUGGUCAGUUUUUAUCGUCGAUUCCUGCCGAACUGUGCUGACCUCAUGCUGCCGCUCACCAACAUGUUUUCUGAUUCCAAAGGCCCCCUCGAUCUGACUGGUGAAGCACUGACCGCCUUUGAGGGAAUCAAGAAUUCCCUUGCCGAUGCCACCUUACUCACGCAUCUCGCUCCCGAAGCUCAGCUGUCCCUGAUGGUAGAUGCUUCGACCGUAGCCGUAGGUGCAGCCUUUCAACAACACCUUGCUGGUCCGACUCGACUACUUGCCUUUUUCUCCAAAAAGCUCUUACCAGCUGAGACACGCUGCAGUACCUUUGGCCGUGAACUACCUGCCAUCUACCUGGCUGUGAAGCAUUUCCGACAUUUCCUUGAAGGUCGAGACCUCACUCUUUUCACGGACCACAAACCGUUGACUUUUGCACUUCGGUCCCACUCCGACAAGUGCAAUCCGAGGGAAAUCGCUCAUCUGGACUAUAUCUCCCAAUUCACCACCGACAUCCGCCACAUUGAUGACACGAAGAAUGAGGUGGCUGAUAUGCUGUCAAGGCCCUCACUGUCUUCCCUCCAACCCUCACUCGGGAUCGAUAUUUGCGCCAUGGCGGUCGAGCAACAGCGAGUCGAUUGUCCUGGCGAAGAGCCUGUUAGUGUAAAGAAGAUGAAGAUCCGAUCUCAGGGACAGUGGGUUUAUUAGUCUGAGCUUUCGGUCUCGUACAGGAGGCCAUCGUCUGUUAGUGGUCUUCAACUGAAAGGCGUUCCUCUGACCAUCGGCUCUGGUACCAUACUUUGUGACAUCUCGACUCCUUUUCAUCGCCCUUUCGAGCCCGCCUCGAUGUGUCAGGCUGUAUUUCAAACUUUGCAUGGGCUCUCCCACCCUGGGAUCCGAGCCUCUCAAAAGUUCCUCGCGGAAAGAUUUGUUUGGUCUGGCAUGAACAAUGACGUCAAAGCUUGGGCCCGGUCGUGUCUGAACUCCUAGCGCAACAAGGUGCAACGUCACUACAAGUCCCCACCAGGCACUUUCCCCAGUCCCGACGCACGGUUCAGCCAUGUGCACCUGGAUGUCUUAGGCCCCUUGCCUCCAUCCAAUGGUUUCACUCACCUCCUUACCUGCGUCGAUCGAUAUACCCGCUGGACUGAGGCCAUUCCUUUGCCGAAUGUGCAGGCUGAAACCAUCGCGAAGGUCUUCGUCAGUCGUUGGGUCGCCAUGUUCGGUGCCCCAUCCACGGUUACGACUGAUCGUGGUGCCCAGUUUGAGUCGACCCUCUUCCAAACGCUACUGAAUUUCCUUGGUUGCACACGCAUUCGGACGACAACCUACCACCCACCUGCCGACGGUAUGGUUGAGCGUUUCCAUCGCCAGCCAAAGACCGCCCUGCGUGCCGUAGAAGAUCCAGGAAACUGGUCGGACAACCUUCCUCUCGCACUCCUCGGCAUCCGCGCAGCUCUGAAGUCGGAUCUGGGCUGUAGCGCAGCUGCAUUGGUUUUCGGCACUACCCUCCGACUGCCAGGUGAGAUGGUCACCCCAACCUCUCUUGGAGUCGACAAGACUCCUGACGACCUUGUGCACCGUUUGCGUCAAUUUAUGCGCUCGCUUUCCUCAGUUCCACCUCGGACUCCAAUGACUGAGUCUUACGUCGAAAAAGACUUGGACAAUUGUACUCGUGUGUUCGUCCGGUGUGGCCGUGUGCGCCAGCCGCUGGAAUCACCAUACGAAGGACCGUUCCGCGUGCUCGCACGCAACGCCAAAACCUGCCGGAUUCUUCGCGGUGACGGGGAGGACGUGGUCAGUGUCGACCGGGUCAAGGCUGCUGUUGCAGAGGAGUCGCCGGACCUGUCACAAGGACAAAAAUGUGCUGACCCCCUAACCCCUGUUCCUCCAUCUUCCCUAUCCCCUGAUCGUUUACCCUGCGCACUGCCUCGCCCUUCCCCUCCCUGGCCCUCUACCCCUCCGUCCCGCAAACUUCCUCUCCCUACAUGUCUGCAGCAUCCAACUGCAACAUCAUUCUCCACCACAGCACGCAGUCAACCCUCUUCGACGGCACCUCCUGCUUUCAUCACUCGCGGUGGCCGUCACGUUCAUUUCCCCGAUCGUUUAGUUGCGCAUUUUUCUAGGCUUAUGCAUAUCCUCCGGCGCCGUAUUACAUCGUCCUCCGUUCUAGUAUGGGGGUACUUUGGUGAGGUACCUGACUAACAUACCUUUGGCAAUUUAGUCCCAUUUUCUUUGACCGGAUUGCUUGUUUGAAUGUGACGAAAAAACAACAUACCUGUACAACCCCCCUUGCUGGCCUGCUUUGCUGUCGCGCUCUGUUGUCAGGUUACUUAACGUUCAGAAUAUCUAUAUUAUUCACUGCUCAGUUUUACUUGCUGUCUUCCAGGCAGAAGGCUCGUGAGAUAUAACUCGUUAUUUCGCGAGGACAUUACUAUUCACGUCAGAUCCAAGGGUAAGCAGACCGCAACAAAUGGAAGAACUUCUUAUCCGCGAUCAAAGCUGUCUACUGUCUGCCCACCAAAGGUACUGCACCUCUUCUCAGCGCCGACGGAAGAGCCCUACUCUGCGAAAAGACACAAAUUCUACGGCGAUGGACCGAGCACUUCCGAGGCGUCCUCAACCGUCUUUCCACCAUCCUUGACGCCGCCGUCGCCGUCGCCCGUCUGCUGCAAGUGGAGACCAACGUCGACCUCGACCUGCCGCCCUUUCUCCACGAAACCAUCUGGACCGUGCAGCAGCUCUCCAGCGUGAAAACGCCCGGAUUGGACGCGAUCCCUGCUGAGAUCUACAAGCGCGGUGGCCCCCAACUCAUGGAUCACCUGGCUGCGCUCUCCCAGGAGAUGUGUUGUCAAGGAAAGGUCGCGCAGGAUUUCUAG